AUGGUCGAAUGGUACGAGCCGGACAGCUGGGUAACCAAGCUGUUCGACGCCAAUCUGAGCACCUUCUUGCUCACCCUGGUCGUCGCAUUCGGCCUGCCGUUAUUGUUGCACCUGUACCUAUACCGCCAUAGAACACCCAUCAACACCGCUACCUUCUUGCUGGUUGGGCCAAGCGGCGCCGGCAAGACGUCGCUGCUCACUGCUCUCGAGACCGGCCGUCCCCUCUCCACCCACCCCUCGCAGACCUCGCACAGCAGCAUCCUCGCCCUCCCCGAAGCCUUCACCCCCUUCAGCGCGCGCUACCGCAGCGCCAACGACCCCACCAACUCGCGUACGCGCCAGCUCUCCCUGACGGACACGCCGGGCCACGGCAAGCUGCGCGGCAACGCGCUGGCGGCGGCGCUCGCGACGUCCAAGAACCUGCGCGGCGUCGUGUACCUCGUCGACGCGGCGGCGCUGGCGGCGAGCCCGGCCGGCCUCGCCGACGCGGCCGAGUUCCUGCACGACGUGCUGCUCGCGCUGCAGAAGCGCUACACGGGCGCGAGGACCAGCAAGGCCACGCAGGCCACGCCCGUGCUCGUCGCCGCCAACAAGCUGGACCUCUUCACCGCGCUGCCGCCGCAGCUGGUGCGCGCCCAGCUCGAGCACGAGGUCGAGAAGGUGCGCGUCGCCCGCGCCAAGGGCAUCCUCGACGUCGGCGUGAGCGAGGACAGCGCGGGCGAGGAGCACGAAUGGCUCGGCCUAGGCGGCGAGAGCAAGUUUGAGUUCAAGCAUAUGGAGGAGAUGAACGUGCCGGUCGAGGUUGUGGGAGGAAGCGUGAAGGGAGAGGAGGGUGAAGGUCCUGACGUCAAGGGCUGGUGGGAAUGGAUUGCCCACCAGAUGUGA